AUGGCAAACAAUGCAUUUAGUGAUGCAAACAAUGCACUUAGUGAUGCAAACAAUGCACUUAGUGAUGCAAACAAUGCACUUAGUGAUGCAAACAAUGCACUUAGUGAUGCAAACAAUGCACUUAGUGAUGCAAACAAUGCAUUUAGUGAUGCAAACAAUACAUUUAGUGAUGCAAACAAUGCAUUUAGUGAUGCAAACAAUGCAUUUAGUGAUGCAAACAAUGCAUUUAGUGAUGCAAACAAUGCAUUUAGUGAUGCAAACAAUGCAUUUAGUGAUGCAAACAAUGCAUUUAGUGAUGCAAACAAUGCAUUUAGUGAUGCAAACAAUGCAUUUAGUGAUGCAAACAAUGCAUUUAGUGAUGCAAACAAUGCAUUUAGUGAUGCAAACAAUGCAUUUAGUGAUGCAAAACAAUGCAUUUAG